CUGUCCCCGCCGGACCAGAUUGUGGACAGCCAGCCCAUUGAGGGAGGCAUCCCCUUCUCCAGCUAUGGACUGGAAGAGUGCCUGACCCGGGGCGCCGAAGCCUUUGGCUGGGAUCAGCCCCUGGAUCAGCCUGCCGACCCCUCCAAGAAGCGCGGCAAGGGCAUGAGCAUGAUGAUUUACCGGGGUGGCCCCGGUUCCACCUCCGCAGCCACAGUCAGCGUUGCCAAGACCGGAGAGAUUUCCCUGCUCAGCGGCCUGAUGGACGUGGGGGAAGGCGCCACCACGGUCUUGCCCCAGAUGACCGCCGAAAUCCUGGGCGUAAACCCCGAGGACGUAAUCACGGUGUUCGGCGACUCGGCUACUACACCGGAGGCCCCCAUUACCGCCGGUUCCACGGCCACAUUUUCCACUGGCACCGCCCUGGUGCAGGCCGCCGCCGAGGUGCGUCGCCAAUUGCUGGAUCUGGCAUCCGACGGUCUAGAAGCUCCUGUUAUGGAGCUGGACAUAAGGGAGGGUCGAGUUUUCGUCACCGCUGACCCGUCCCGAAGUAUGGCGCUGACCGACGUGGCCGCCCGCAUGGACGACGAGGCCAUCACCGAAGAGGUAACCAUUCAGGUGCCAGGGAGCGCCGAUUACAUCGUCAACGCUUUUGGCGCCCACUUCUGCGAGGUGGAAGUGGACACCGACACUGGUCGGGUGCGGGUACUGCGCUACGUGGCCGCCCAGGACUCGGGCCGAAUCAUGAAUCCUCGAAUGGCCCUUAACCAGGUCGAGGGCGCCAUUUCCCAGAUGCUUGGCUUUGCCCUGUCCGAGGAACUGGUUACCGACGGCCCAACCGGCGUAACUUUGAACGCCAGCUACCUGGAGCACAAGAGUCCUACAAUAAUGGACUUCCCCAAUCUGGAGGUGAUAUUCGCAGACACGGUUGAUCCGGUUGGCCCUAUGGGCGCCAAGGGUUUGGGAGAGGUUCCUUGCCCCGGCGUUGCCCCGGCCAUCGCCAACGCCGUGUACGAUGCCCUGGGACUGAGGCUGUCCGAAUUGCCCAUUACUCCGGACCGGGUAAUUCGUGCGAUGCAAUCGGCUUAG